CCAGGUUGGUCACCUGCAGGGCGCAGGAGCUGGAAUCCAAGGGGAGAGGGUAAGCAGCGACUUCUGCUGGCCCAGCGCGCAAGCCAUCCCUCGAGCCCCGUCCUCUGCUGCGCUCGCUCUUGCGUCCGGGUCCGCGUCUUGGCUCGAGCCGAGGAAGGGGGAAGAAAGCGAUCGAAGCCCAGGGGGGAGAGAGGGAGCCAGCGAGCCCGCCGCGCGAACUUAGCGGAAACUUAGCAGAGAAUGCUCCAAAAGUCCACGAUUCUCCUGCUGCUGGCGGCCGCUGCUUCUGCGUCCUAUGAAGUUGAGCAGAAUGAUUCCUUCAGCCCCAGAAAGGCGAGGCUUGCCGCCCAAAACUCAGCGGACGUGGUUCGAUGUUUAAACAGUGCCCUCCAGGUAGGAUGUGGUGCUUUUGCCUGCCUGGAAAACUCCACAUGUGACACGGGUGGCAUGUAUGACAUCUGCAAAUCCUUUCUGUACAGCGCAGCUAAAUUCGAUACUCAGGGGAAAGCCUUUGUGAAGGAGAGCCUGAAGUGCAUUGCAAAUGGCAUCACAUCCAAGGUUUUUCUUGCCAUUCGGAGGUGUUCCACAUUCCAGCGGAUGAUUUCUGAGGUGCAGGAGGAAUGUUACAGCAAGCUGGACAUCUGCAGCAUUGCCAAAAAGAACCCAGAAGCAAUCACAGAAGUCGUCCAGCUUCCAAACCACUUUUCAAACAGGUAUUACAACAAGCUCGUGAGAAGCUUAUUGGAAUGCGACGAAGAGACGGUGGGGACCAUAAAAGACAGUUUGAUGGCAAAAAUCGGACCAAAUAUGGCCAGCCUUUUCCACCUCCUGCAAACGGAUCAUUGCGCCCAAAUCCAUCCUAGAGCAGACUUCAACCGGAGACGUAUCACUGAGCCUCAGAAGCUAAAAAUCUAUUUCAGGAAUCUCCGGGGAGAGGGACCUGUUCAGUCCCACAUUAAACGUACUUCCUCAGAAAGUGUGUAAGAUUCCACAAGAGAGUGGAAAGUGUAAGGCAGUCUUUACCAACCUGGUGCCCUCCAACUGCUUUGGACUACAACUCCCAUCAGCCCCAGCCAGCGCUGGCUAGGGCUGAUGGGAGUUUGUAGUCCAAAACUGCCAGAGGGCACUAUGUUGGUGAAGCUGGUGUAGGGAAUCCAAGCUCUACCAAAGUAGGAAAUUUACUUCUUCUUUUCCUUUAGCAUUCAAUACAUAUCAGCAAUGUACUGUAAACUGAUUUUAAAGAACACUGAGCCAAUCUACACAUUCAAAAAAACCAACCAUGUAGUAUAGUCCUCCUAGGACUGAACUGCUUCAUUGUACAGAUGGGGGAUGUUACAUAGUUUAAAUGCUCAAUCCUGUAACACGGGGUUGUAUGAAAGUAGACCCAUUGAAAUCAGUGCACAUGAGUAACUUAAGUCCAUUAAGAUUUCAGUUGGUUACUGUGAAUACACUAGCAUUGGCUACAAGUUCAGACUUAACACAUUAAAAAAGAAACUAGCAUGUUGCAGGGAACUACUGUAUGAUAUUCUCCCUGGCCUUGACACCUUAGCUUUUCAUUAAGAAGGAGUUUAUGCCUGCUCCUUACCCACCUCGGCAAAUCAGCCGUGCAAUCCCCUAUCCACAUUCUGAAGUGGUACAGUCUUAGGAAGCCUAUACUAUAUGCUGGAUAUGAAUGUAUAGACUGGCCCCUGGAAACUUGUUUUAGAGGGGGGUUAUUCUGAUUAUUUGCUGUCCCCCUCUUCAACAAGCUGUAUGGAGCUAGGUUUCUGGUUGGGGAGGGGAUCCCCUAAUUCCUGAAAUGGAAAUAUCCUCUUUUGUGUUUCUCUCCCUCGCCUUUCCAUAAAGAAAUCCAAUGAA